UGCUCCCUCCUCUUCUCCUGUUCCAAUGGAGCCUCUCCUCCCUCUGUGGUGACAUAGUAUCCAUCUGCUCCUCCCCUGCAGCAGUGCCUCUCUGGGAAUCCGGCCCUGAUCCACACUUUUUAACCCGGGACUUUUUAAAGCUUUUUUACCCCUGGACCAUCUUGGCAAAAGCCAAGUGAUCAAACACCUGCAUGCUCACUGUUUAAUUACUGCAAGCACCUGGAUUACUGAUAUAGUUUCAUGUUAUUCCCUCGCCCCCAUGGAUAAAUGAAAAUGAUGGAGCAUGUUGAUUUGGACCUGUAACAGCUUCAAGACAGCUGCACCUGUUGCUAGCAGGAAAGAACACUGAGACAACCAACUGCAAACGGAUAAGUUUAAAGCAGUUUCUUGGUGGGAAAGAAUUAUGAAAGUGACAGUAUGUUUUGGAAGUACUGGGAUUGUGGUUCCUUGCAAGGAUGGAAGGAUAAACGUGAGAGAGUUAAUCCAACAAGCCGCCCAGAGGUUCAUCAAAGCCAGGGAAAAAGAGCCAGGAUACUGGGUAAAGAUCCACCAUUUAGUAUACAGAGAUGGAGGAAUACUGGACCCUGAUGAUCUUGUUGGGGAUGUGGUAGAAGACAAGGACAAGCUUAUUGCUGUGUUUGAUGAGCAUGACUCAUAUGGCCAAGACAGGGCUUCAAUCUCCGUCACAGACCGUCUAAGUCCGGACCCAUUUGAAGCCGAAUUAACUGCCCAACUCUCUGCUUUCCAGCCACUUCGUGGAGAAAUUGAAGUCACGCCGUCCUCUCUAAAACUAGGGACCCCUCUGCUGGUGAGACGAAGUAGCGAUCCCACACUUGCACCUGCAGCCGAUUUCCGUCCAGGUCCAGCACACCCUACGGAGUCAAACGCCAAACCUACCUUGCAGGUACGAUCUAAGGUACUUACAGGAGAGGAACAGAACAAUCUCACUUGGCAAGAAGAGCAUCUAAGAAUUCAGAAGUUCAAAAAUGACUACAGUGAAAUAACAAGAAAGGUAGAGAUUUCGGGGGACGGUGGACCAUUGGGAAUCCAUGUUGUGCCUUUUUUUUCUUCUCUUAGUGGAAGGCCGUUAGGUUUAUAUAUUCGGGGAAUUGAGGAGAGCAGCCGUUCUAAGCGGGAGGGCCUGUUUCAAGAGAAUGAAUGCAUUGUAAAAAUUAACAAUGUUGAACUUAUGGACAGAUCCUUCACCCAAGCUCAAGAAAUAUUUCGCCAAGCAAUGAAACAACGCAGUGUUCUAGUAGAAACUGUCCCACCCCAAAACAGAGACUUAUAUGAAAAAUCCCUCAUCACUUCGCUACCAAUUUUGGAUGAUGAUGAUGAUGAAGACGACAUCCCAAAUAUAAAACCUCCUCCUCCUCCCAUCUAUGGAAAACUUGGCGUAAAGAUGGCCGAACCAACUAAUGGCAUGGAGUCUGUAGGGAUGACUUUGUACCAGUCACCUGCCAGUCCAAACCUGCUGUCACAAAGUGGCAGCUUCUCCUCACCAUCUCUUUCUCCUCUCGGGUUUGGCAACAAGAAAAAUGCCAAGAAGUUAAAAAUUGACCUAAAAAAAGGUGCAGAGGGUCUUGGGUUCACGGUGGUCACCAGAGACUCUUCAGUACAUGGGCCUGGCCCUAUUUUCGUUAAGAGCAUUUUGCCCAAAGGAGCUGCCAUAAAGGAUGGACGGUUAUUGUCUGGAGAUAGAAUAUUGGAGGUGAAUGGCAUUGACAUUGCAGGGAAGACUCAAGAGGAGCUGGUGGCCAUGCUGAGGAGUACUAAACUGGGCGAAAGUGUCUCGAUGGUCAUUGCACGGCAGGACGACGCCUUUCUACCACGUGAAUUGAAAGGAGAAACAGACUACCAUAUUUUCCCUCCAGACAACACAGCACAGAUGACAUUUGAGAUCCCUCUAAACGAUUCUGGCUCGGCCGGUCUAGGAGUAAGUCUGAAAGGAAACAAGUCCAGAGACACCAACACCGACUUGGGAAUCUUCAUCAAAUCCAUCAUUCAUGGAGGGGCUGCUUUUAAGGAUGGCCGUCUGAAAGUAAAUGACCAGCUUCUUGCAGUGAAUGGAGAGAGCUUACUGGGGAAAUCUAAUCGAGAAGCCAUGGAAACACUAAGAAGAUCCAUGUCCAUGGAGGGAAAUAUCCGUGGGAUGAUCCAGCUAGUUAUUCAUCGAAGGCUGGACAGACAAGUGGAGGAUCGAUCAGAUUUUGGAACUGCGAUGAAAGGUGCACUGGAGAACCCACCUGCUACAGAACAGAAUGGUGUGUCAGAAAGGCUAAAAGACUCUGCAAUUUUCGAUGACGGGAAUCAUGAAAAAGAUGUCCCACCUCCAGUACCUCCUCAUCCAAAGGAACACAUUAUCGUGGAAUACUCCAAGUUUAGUUCUGAAGAAGAAUAUCUCGACCAGUCUGAUACAGUGAACCUAAAGUCUUCGAAAAGCAUGGAUCUUGUGGCAGAUGAAAGCAACGUUAGCUCGUUGAGUGGAAGCAAGUCAGUGUCUCCUGAAAAAGAUCUAGGUCCUCGCCUUGGGCUUAAAAAGUCCAGCUCACUUGAGAGUCUGCAAACUGCUGUUGCUGAAGUCAAGAAGAAUGAGCUUCCAUUCUACAGACCAAGACCACAUAUGGUCCGUGGAAGAGGCUGCAAUGAGAGUUUCCGAGCUGCCAUCGACAAGUCAUAUGACGGGCCUGAGGAAGAAGAAGAUGGACUGUCUGAUGUGAGCUCCCAUUCGGGCCGAGAAACUCCUAACAGCGAAUCAGCUCUUCAGGGGAAUCCUGCACACGAGGAUGCCGAUAAAGCCAAGAAAGACAAGAAAAAGAAAGACAAGAGAAAGGAGAAAGAAAAGGAGAAAGGCAAGUCUAAAGUGAAAGAUAAGAAAAGUGAAGAGCAAGAGAAGAAGGCCAAGAAAAAAGGUCUCGGAGCAAUGUUGAGGUUUGGGAAGAAAAAAGAUGACAAAGGUGGAAAAGUGGAUCAGAAAGGUAACACAAAGCCUCCAACUGUGAAAGAAGAAGAGAAUGAUCUUGACAAAAUGAAAGAAGAACGUGAAAGGAUUAAUGCAAAGCAUCAGGAGUUAAGAGAAAAGCAGGCCAAAAUGAUGUUGGACUUAAAUGCAUGCCACAAUAUUGAAGAUGACGACAUGGACCCAAAUUACGCCAGAGUAAACCAUUUCAAAGAGGCCCCUCCGCAUCUCAAUGCCCAACGCCCUUAUUCUCCUCCGUUGCCUGGGGCUCAUCUGCGGGACACACAAGUACAGGCAUCAGAAAGAGAUCACGUUCAAGACCUUUACGGAAAGAUAAACAAGAGGCAGCAGGUUCCGGAUGCAGUUGACAGUGUCCGCUCAACAUCUGGGAACGCAGACCGUAUCCAGCAGCUACGGAUGGAGUAUUAUCAAGCAAGACGUGAUGGUUUCCCGAUGUAUGAAGACGAGAGCGGGAUGGAGAGGCCUUUAGACUAUGAACAGAAUUGGAUGGCUUCCAGGCUUCCUGAUGGAUCUCGAAACCUCCGAUUUGAAGGGAUGGAGAGGCAGUAUGCAUCGUUGCCCAGACAUGGACCACUGGAACCAAUUGAGUAUAUGUCUGGACCCCGUAACAGGUAUAAAGAGAGAGAACCUCCACUUUACUACGAUGUAGCCCAGCCUGCCCAAACCCCUCAAGGUACAUAUUCCAGAACCCAGGCCCACCAAGAAGACAACUAUCGUUUCCCUCCAUAUCAGCCUCAUUUGACAAAGGGUCCACUCCGGCAAGAUGUCCCACCUUCUCCUCUACCAGGACAGAGAUUACCAGGCUACAGCAGUGGAGAAAGAUCUGGGGCAGAUCGCUAUCAGUAUCGACCUCAAGACCCACGACAAAAGAACCCUAUGACUGCAGCUGUAUAGCCCAACUUGAGUUCCAGACACUCUUUACCAAUGAAGAAGAGUCAAGGCAUGACUAUGUCAUCUUAGAUGAAUGGACACAGUCAGGUUUACAUUCAAUGAAUAUAUAUGCCAAACCAGUUUGACGGUACCUUAUAUAAAAGGUGUUACAAUGGCCUUCUUUUCAGCAAUAAUCCUCAAAAAAGUGCUUUAUGUCAAGAAUAUGCCUUUGAUAUAUUUUCACUUAUAUUUAGCAAUUUUCUGUACUUGAAAUAGUUAAAUGAGAGUCUCCAUUUGACUACAAUUUCAUUUAGCGGACAUUUUUUGGAUACAGAUUAUUUCAUUAUUAGCUAGUCAGGGGCUAGUCGUCAAUGUUUGGAGAGUGAUCUGUUAGCUGCCCUUGGUAUUAUAUUCAGGUACUUUGUCAUCCCAGUAAAGAGCAGAUUGUAUUAAGAAGAGGUUAAAAUUCAAUAUUACACUUGGCACAUUAUGGAUACUGUUACAAAUAUUACUGAAUGGAUAAAUAGCGUAUGUGCCUUUCCUGCAUUAUCAAAGGAGGAUCCUAUAUUAAUCCAAACAUACAUGUGAUCCACCUAUAGUUAAUGUAAUAUUUUAUAUGAUUUUUGAUGGACAGAUUUUCUUAUUCAUUCUUUUAUAACCACUAUUUAUAACUGUUUUGAUUCUUGUACUUUAUAGUAAAAUCAUUCCUCUAGGUACUGCUAUUGAAUAUUCAUAAUGUAAGGUACGACUAAUUAUAGCCAUUUACUGUGCUUGUUCUUGUUUUCAAUGUGGACCAGUAUCACUGUGUAAAAUCAUACUUUUUAAAAGGCUCAUGAUACAGCGGCUAAUUAUCCCCUGAUGUUUUAUAUGGUGCUGUACAGAAAGCACAAGUAGCUUGACUGUAUAUCUCACACUGUAAACUGCAGCACAAGAAUACUCCCAAGUGCAUUAAAAACUUUCAAUUGACUGGGUCUCCUCUGCCAAUCAGAAUGUAGCCGCAGCCUUUAAAUGCUCAUUAAAGAUACACAUACGAUGAAUCAAAAACCAAUAAAAAGUCAAAAAACACCCAAAUACCUGUAAAACAUGUCAUUUUAAUGUAUUAAGGUGGCAAUGGUGGCAGGGUAAUGUGUCAAGGCUGCACCAAUCAAUUGUACCAUUAUGUAAUAUACAAAUCUACUUUUAAAGGAACACUCCAGGCACCAUAACCACCUCAUCUUAAUUAAGUUGUAAUGGUGCCAGGAGGCCCGGAGCGCACUUUUUUCCUCAUGGGGUAAAUCAUUCUUGAAGCCGGAUGCCGCCUGAGGGGAGUAAAGAUCGGCGCUGGAGGCUCACUUUGAGGUUAAACCCAUUGAGGUCCGAGUGGGUCCUGGGGCCUCCUUGCACCAUAACAACUUAAUUUAGAUGAAGUUGUUAUGAUGCCUAAACUGUCCCUUUAAGCAUCUUUUAUAAAAGUCAUACAUUUGUAAUAUUUUUCUUUGAGCACUAAAGAAACCAGUAGAUAUAAGAUGCAACAGCAAGUGCAAAAGAAAAUGGCUCCUCCAAGCUUCUGAAAGAAAACAGCACAUGCAAUCUAUUAUUCCUUUGUAUUUUUUGGUGGGGAGGGUGGUUUGUUGUUUAUUUUUUGAAGACUAUUACCCACAUGCAUUAAACACAAUAUAUAAACUCUCAAAGACUUCCUUUCAUUUAGCUAUAUUUUUCAUUUUACUCUCAAAGAGGUAGCUGACUGAGUCAAGUGUUUCCAAUAUAUCUCUGCUUGAGCCUGGUGAGUCACUUAGAAUUAUUGAAAUACUCUUGAUCAUCUAAGGGCAUUAGUAAAACCAGGACUUUUUUUUUUCAAACCACUUGGAAAAAAAAAAGAUAAUCCUGGUACAAAAAAACACACAAUAAUGACCAAAACAAGAAAAGGAGCUGAAGGGUACAAGUAAAGUUCAUGUUCGGAAUGAAUUCAGUCUGCAGAAUGUAUUGAUCCCAUACUAAGUGUGCAAUCAAUAUAUUCUGUCACUGCAAUGCUUUUUACUGUGAAAAAUGUAUCACAGUAACUGAACAUUGCCAACCUCUGGCUAUGCUUUGUGUGUGUGGUGUGUGUGCGCGUUUUAUUCAGCUAACAUUUUCCCUGCUGUUUUUUUUAGAAACUCAGAGUGGAUGUUGAACAGCACAGCCAUUAUAAAAAGGAUACCCUGGGGUGGGUUUUUUGUCUCCCUCGAUGGUCAUCUUUAUGGUCUGGUGGAGGGCCAGCUAAAAGAAUGGAAAAGCUCAACAAGAUGAAUUUGACUGUGACUCAGACACAGUGUAGUAAAGCCAAGAAAAACAGCAUGAGCUCUGUCAAUUUUUUAUUACAAUAAUAAGAAUUACUUUGUCUCAACAGCUCUGUGCAGCAGUUUAAGUUGGCUCCAUAAAACAGUCAACGUUGGGGUGGUUUGCACAACUGAGACUCCUGCCAGUGAAAGAGUCCAUUUAAUAGUUACGAAACUCCAACCACCAUAAUCCUCUCUUUAAAGGAACAAUCAAAAACACCAUUACUACUACUGUUCAUUGUACUAGUUAUGGACAGAAAGCCUUUGGCGUCUACUCAACCGAGUUUGUAUCAAACCAUUGGAGUCAUUUGACAAAAGACAACUAUGUCUCCGUCGCACCUAAUACCUGGUUCCUCUUCUGCAUAUGGGAACUUUCAAAUUAUCCGUCCAACAACAUUUGACAUAAUCCAAACACUGUUUGCCCCAUAACCACUACAAUGAACUGUAGUCACUUUAAGUUCUAAAGUCGUAAUACAUUAGGAAGCUCCAAGAAUAAUUUCUUUAAGUUCACUAUCCAACUAUAUGUCCUUCAAGGUACUUAGGUGUGACACAUUGGCCUUCUACUGCUUAUUCCUCUAGUACACCUAUGAUUAAAUCUGUAAGCUUUCAUCAAACUGUGCUUCCAUCUGUGAAGUGUUAUGGC